UCGUUCAUUUGUAACGGCAGUUCCUGUAUUCUCCCUCCAGUUGUUACCUCAUCUGCACAGACCGCUUUAAAUGUAGGACCAGGACAAGAUGGCGGAUAUAUCUUUACUCCAAGAGGAUUCCCAGGAGGAGUUGGACGGAUUUGGUGUGGAUGACUACAGCUCAGAGUCUGACGUCAUUAUUAUACCUUCAGCCUUGGAUUUUGUAUCGCAAGAUGAGAUGCUGACUCCCCUUGGAAGAUUGGAUAAAUACGUCGCUAGUGAAAAUAUUUUUAACAGACAGAUGGUGGCACGAAGUUUGUUGGACACACUAAAAGCAGUGAGCGAGGAUGAGAGGGACUGUAUCGGUGUCUUGGAGAGAGUGGGUCGACUUGCUGAUGACUCUGAGCCCUCUGUAAGAGCAGAACUAAUGGAGCAAGUUCCUCACAUCGCCAUUUUCUGUCAGGAGAACAGACCUUCCAUUCCGUUUGCCUUCUCUAAGUACUUGCUACCGAUCGUGGUGAGAUACCUGGCUGACCAGAACAACCAGGUCAGGAAGACCAGCCAGGCGGCCCUGCUGGUGCUGCUGGAGCAGGAGCUGAUUGAAAGGGGGGACAUUGAGACCCUGGUGUGCCCCGUCCUGGUGGACCUGACCGCCCCCGACAGCAACGACGACGUCAAGACUGAAGCCAUGGCCAUCAUCUGUAAGAUGGCCCCCAUGGUAGGCAAGGACAUCACCGAGCGCCUCUUCCUGCCCCGCUUCUGUGAGAUGUGCUGCGACUGCAGGAUGUUCCACGUGCGCAAGGUUUGCGCUGCAAACUUUGGCGACAUUUGCAGUGUUGUUGGAGGAGAGGCAACAGAGGAACUCCUGUUGCCCCGCUUUUUCCAGCUCUGCUCGGACAACGUGUGGGGGGUGAGAAAGGCCUGCGCUGAGUGCUUCAUGACUGUUUCCUCGUCCACCUCGCAGGAAGUGCGCAGGACCAAGCUAUCGUCGCUCUUCAUCAGCCUCAUCAGUGACCCCUCCCGAUGGGUGCGUCAGGCUGCCUUCCAGUCACUUGGCCAGUUCAUCUCCACGUUCGCCAGCCCCAACAGUGUGGGCCAGUACUUCAGAGAGGGGGAGGAGGGCGAGUGCAAUUGUGUCCACUCACAGAACAGUAUUGAAGAGAAACCACUGAACCUGGACACUACAGACCCUUCCCUCAGCGCUAACACAGAUGACUCUCAGAGGCGGGGGGAUGACUCUCCUGUAUGCACAAAUGGCAACCACGUAGAGUGUUGUCUACAACAGGACUGCAUUUCCAACCAUGCCCAGGGGGACCACAGCGAGGGGGAGGAUGGGGGGUUUUGCCGGACAGAGGAGAUGGGUGUAAUGGACGUGGCAGAGCAGGGGGGGUGGGGAGCAGACUGCGGAGGCUUUGGCCCUGGACGGUCCCGAGUGCCUCUGUGGGAAGGAGGCUUCCUCGCUCGCCCCCAACUCGGACCCCUCGGAGAAGGAGGGAAACUCUACCAGCACAGCAGGGGCUCAGGAAGAGGAGGAAGCCCCUUCAGUGGCUACGGAGGGAGGAGUCCCCCUAUGUCAGUCCUCAGGACAAUAUCCCCGAGCAGGAGCUUUACAACUCCUUCCACUUCUGGAGGUUGCCCAUCGCUGAGAUGGACCUGGACAUGGAGCUGCUCCAGCAGGGGGAGAUGGUCCCGGAGGAGCCCCCCCUGCUACGUCUCCUCCGGUCAGGGCAAGGCUAAAGCCUCGGCCCCAGUCCUGGAUAGGAAACAGCUGGAAGAGCUGAUCGAAAACCUGGAGCCUCAUAUUGAUGACCCCGACGUGAAAGCACAAGUGGAUGUCCUGACAGCUGCUCUGAGAGCCACAACCAUGGACUCUCACCUAGAGGAUGCCUUCCUGGAGCCCCGGGACAGCCAGGGGGGAGACCACUACGACAACCCCUUUGGAGUGCACCAGAUGCCCCUUUUAGGACACCAUUCAGACAUGGAGAGGCGAAACUCCACCCUGCAGAUGCACCAUGGUGAUGACUCUGAGCUGAGCGAUAGCAGCUUCAGUCCAGAGGACGAGAAGAAAUCCAAGCAUCAGGACGUGAUCCCUCAGGCCCUGCUAGACCAGUACCUGUCCAUGACUGACCCUUCCAGAGCCCAGACGGUGGACAUGGAGAUUGCCAAGCACUGUGCCUACAGCCUGCCUGGUGUGGCCAUGACCCUGGGCAGGCAGAACUGGCACUGUCUCAGGGACACCUAUGAGACCCUGGCCUCUGACAUGCAGUGGAAGGUGCGUCGGACGUUGGCCUUCUCCAUCCACGAGCUGGCCCUGAUCCUGGGUGACCAGCUGACGGCUGCGGACCUGGUGCCAGUCUUCAACGGCUUCCUCAAGGACCUGGAUGAGGUGCGGGUAGGGGUCCUCAAACACCUCUACCACUUCCUUAAGCUGCUGCACCAGGACACCCGGCGUAAAUACCUGUACCAGCUCCAGGAGUUCCUGGUCACAGACAACAGCCGCAACUGGCGCUUCCGAUCAGAGCUGGCAGAACAGCUGGUGUUGUUACUGGAGCUGUACAGUGGUCAGGAUGUGUAUGACUACCUUCGACCCCUGGCCUUCAGCCUGUGUCUGGACAGAGUGUCCUCUGUACGCUGGACCUCCUACAAACUGGUGAGUGAGAUCAUCAGGAAGGUGGCGUCGUGCCAGGCGCUGCUGGCAGACUUCCUGAGUGAGCUGGUAGAGAAGUUCUGCCACUCCCCCAAGUGGUCGGGACGACAGGCCUUCGCUUUCAUCUGUCAGCUGGCGAUUGAGGAUGACUGUGUGUCGUUGGAGCAGUUCUCGGAGCAUCUGCUGGCCCCUUUGUUACAGCUGGCCUCUGACCCCGUGGCCAACGUCAGGGUGCUGCUGGCCAAGACCAUCCGUCAGAGCCUGCUGGAGAGAGAGUACUUCCUGCAUUCUGCCAACUCCCACCAGGAGGCGCUAGAGCAGACACUGGUGGCCCUGCAGAUGGACCUGGACAAGGACGUCAAAUACUUUGCCAGCGUGCAUCCUGGGAGCACUCGCCUCAGCGAGGACGCCAUGAGCACCACCUCCUCCACCUACUGAGCCCAAAUCGUCCCUCUAAACACGCACAGGUUAGGGUGCAGAGGGCUUGAGGUAGCUUCUACUUCUCAACAGCCACAAGGGGAGGACUCAUGAAUCAACAGAUGAAUUUAGUGCUUUGAUUUGUUUAUAUUUUUUUGCCACAGAAGCCUUAAGUGUCUUCCUUAAACUGGAAAAUACUUGAAUGUCCGGAGUGGAUUCAGUGACUAACGAAACAAAUGGUGGGGGGAUGAUGAUGAGGGAACUCAUGGGGACCAGUGCUAAUAAGGACCCCCCCCCCAGUACCUCCCCUUCCCCGCUCUCUUUCUAUCGCUCUCAUCCUCCCGAGACUUAGCGGAAAAGCCAGUAUCUCACAAGCUUUAUCGAACCACAUAGCAGGACGACUGUCUGACUCAAAACGUUUAAACGGUGUAAUGUUUCUGUGAUUGCUUUUUCUUAUUCAUUCUGUAUAAAUGACUCCUAUGCUGCAUAUAUAUAAAAAAAAAAACUUUAAAAAAAUGUCUGUACCAUCACAGCCUUCUUCUGUGGACGUAGCACGUCUUCUCCUCCUGGGCUCCUGCCUCCAUUGUUUUAACUCUCUAGUGCAGCACAUUGUUGUACCCGUAGACAGAGGGCCUCCCCCUGGCAGGCAGGGGUUCCUGUUUAAUGAGAAAUAAAUGUCUUUUUUAUUAUGGA